AUGAGAAAACGUAUCAUCGUGUGUUGCGAUGGCACAAACAACGACCUACGUAGCGAUGGGACGAUGUGGUCCAACGUCGGUCGCAUUGCCGAGUGUAUCAGCGAGUACAUCAGCAAGGACAAGACCACCAAGCAGGUUGUUGGCUACUUAUCGGGGAUAGGCACGGAAGGAGGCAGCUGGCUCAGAAUGAAGAAUCAAGCAACCGGUUAUGGCCUUGACGAGAAGAUCCUCGCAGCGUAUGGCUUCAUCUGCAACUACUACGACAAGGGGGAUUCCAUCGUGCUCAUCGGCUUCUCUCGCGGGGCCUUUAUUGCUCGCUGUGUUGUGGCGUUCAUUGCCGAUGUUGGUGUCUUGUAUAAAACCCCUCUCCGCGGGAAGACGGUUGAAGACAUAUACACGGAAUGGACGCAGUUAAUGACGCCAGGUCCCGAGAAUGCCAAACGACGAGAGCUUCUCUUUGUUAAGUACAAUUCUUCUUCGAACGCUCGAAGAGUCGUCGAUGCUCUCGCCUUGUGGGAUACAGUCAGUUCACUUCAUCACUCGCCACCAAAGACCUACCUUGAUCCUGUCAAAACCCAACCGCCAUGGAAUGUGAAGUAUGCAUUCCAUGCUCUUGCGUUAGAAGAACAUCGAGGACUGUUCAAGCCUGAUGUCUGGACGGGGGAUUAUCCUGCUGGAGUAAAGGUUCUCAAGCAGUGCUGGUUCCGCGGCGUGCACAGCCAUGUCGGCGGUUCAAAUGAACAGUGGAGCAAUAACUUGACAAACGUGUCUCUCAGCUGGAUUAUCGCGCAGCUCAAAGAGAAUGGUCUUGUUAGUUUUGACAAGGAUCAGCUUAAACGUGUGUUUGCUAGUGAUGGCACAGCAAAGACAACCUUUCAAUCGCGAAAAGAUGUGGGCAUGAAGGACUCUGAUAACGCACUCUGGAAGUUCCUUGCGUUUGGCGCAGGCGAGAAAGCCGCUCUCAGGACUCCCGGCAACGGUACUAAUGAGUUUUUACACUGGAGUGUGGUCUCGCAGCCUUCCCAACUGCUCCAACCCGUGCCGCCUAUGAAGCUCAAAAUACCCAUGGGAUCAUUGUUGCCUACAGAGAAAGCGACAGAGUCUGAGCGCGAAGCCGUUCGAUGGCCUGAGCUCUAUUUCUACUAUACUGAAGACUGUCAGAUGACGCCUGAGGAAGCAAAUGGGCGUCUUGCAGUUAAUCAUCGCGAAAUUUUCGACAUUGAACGGCCAGAUGAAACAAGCAGAAGAUAUCUACCUCUCAUUCGUGGAAAACGAUAUUGCAAUGCGAUGAGCCCUCCACCACCGCAGAACAGUGGCGAUGACUCGGAAGGUCGAUUCCAUGUGAUUGACGAUACGGUCGAGAUGGAAUCCCAACCUCAAGCAAGUGUGGAACCCAUAUCGUCCUAUGGUAACUACAUCCACGAGGUAGCCAAUGCCGAAACUCAAGAUUAUCCGUAUCGUGGCUCCGAUCAUUUACUGGCAGGAGAACAAGCUAGAGAGGCACGGAAGAAGCAGGAAGAAGUCGUCUAG